AUGCAAACGCAACAGCAGGUACGAACGAACGAGGAGAUUCUGACAAGGAUUAUUGCGCAGCACAACCAGCUCCAGCAGCUCAUAGCGCAAGAAGGUAGGACCCGCGACAGUUCGGCUGCUGCUUUGAGAUGUUGGUUGGAGACUUGGCUUGGCGCGGAGCUGACGAAACUGAAUGGCAACAUUUGCAGGAUUGCUGUUCAGCCUCCAAGGAUGGCAACACCUGAUCAGGUAGAUGGUAAUCUUUUUAGAAAUGGGUUGACUGUGGAAAGGACUCGCCGGAAUGGCCAGACUAGCCUCAGGCACAGACGAGCUGUGGCCACCCCUGCUGAUAGUAGGCCUGCCAAGCUAGCCAAGUACAGAACUGUUGGCUCUCCUUGGGAAGAGUGGAUGCAUGAUAUUGGUGGCAACAAGGCAGCCAAGAACUUCACUGCUGAAGAUAUCAGGGCUUGCAAGUCAACCUACUCCAGGAGGAAGCCACUCUGGACUCUCAUGGCUACACUUGUCAAUGCUCAGAAAGCUCCAGCUUGGGUCAUCACCAAGAUUGAGGAGCAUUACAAAGGAACUAUUUUGAAUAUUGCUGCUGCCAUCAAGCAGGACACCAUUAUGAACAGUCUGCAUGAGGAUCUUUGUAUUGUUCGUGCUCAGUAA